GGAAAUAUGGGAUUUUAAGGACGGGGUCGUGAGUGCAGCAGCGGGUUUAUGAGUCUAAACGUCUGGCGGAGGAUUAUUUAUCUGUCUGGCUGCUGGCUAAAAAAAUCACAAGAAGGCUACUGAACGUACAGGCAGCGCUUCCUGGUCCGUGUAGCACGACAAAAAGAAGGCUGUUGUUCCACUUUAUCUGACUCUGGAACAGCUUUGAGAGAACGACGAAUACAUAAUUAUUAAGGCUACUGAAGGUUUGUCCACAAUGUCAGCUGACACUAACACGUUUGAAAAUGUGAAAGCAGUUAUCUUAUCAUGUCAUGAAAACACCACAUCAGAGGAAAAGGUCAACUUCUACAACACCUGGGCAGAGAACUAUGAUCAGGAUGUUGCUGUUCUGGACUACCGUGCACCGAGUCUGGCAGCAAACAGCAUCUCCACACAUUUCAGCAGCGAUCGUGAGGCGGCUGUCGUGUUGGAUGUGGCCUGUGGCACCGGACUGGUGGCAAAAGAGAUGAAGAGACACGGAUUUAGAAAUUUUGUGGGUAUUGAUGGAAGCCAGGCCAUGCUGGAGUUGGCCAGAGAGAGCGGGUUGUACCAGGACCUGAAGCAGUGCCUGCUGGGAGAAGGGCAGCUACCUGUGCAGCGGGGUCUGUUUGACGUGGUUGUGCUCGUCGGAGCGCUCAGUGUUGGUCACGUCUCCUAUGAUGUGGUCAGAGAAUUGUGCAAAUCCGCCAAACCACGUGGCUACAUUUGCAUGACAACCAGAAGUAACAAUGACAAUCUGCAGUACAAAUCCUCGCUGGAGCGUGAGCUGAAGCAGAUGGAGGAAGAGGGGCUGUGGACUUGUGUAGAGCGCUCUCAGGUGGAGGACUGGGAGAGAGCGGUGUCGGAGCAGGAGCACGGCUACAUAUCUGGUGUUGUGUACAUCUAUAAGAAACUAUAGCUCAGUGUGAGAGGAGACACAUCAGACACAAAACGAGGUUGAGUUUAAUUUUUAACUGUAUUCAUCUACAUGAAUAGACAUGUUGCUCAUAAACCACCUCAGUUUUCAACAAAUAUACAAUAUCUUGUCAAUAUGCAUUAAAGUCUUCCUGAUGAAAAUAUAAGUGAUUUUUCUUUAUAUAAAUAUGAGAAAUGUGUAAUGACAGAAAGUGUUUUUCUGUUUACUGUGCAUUGAUACCUGCAUUAAUAAAACAUUGUGCAUUUCAUAACUCGC